AUGUUCACCGCCCUCAUCUCCCUCUUUGUCUCCAUCUUCGGUGCCCUGCGCGCUGCACCUAUCUACUACGCUCGCGUCCUUACCCUGGGCAGUACAUUCAACUCCUAUGCUACCUUGGACGACAGCACAACAACCAUCCGAGUCAUCGAUAGCUUCUCUGGUACACCCGUCCUCCGCCAGCCUCCGUCUCCGGUCUUCCACACUCUACCGACGGGCGUGUCUAGUAACUCUCUGGCACACUCUCUCGCUUUCCUCACUGCUGUCUUCAUCAUCACGACUUUCUUCUAUGGCAUCAUCUGGCAUCUGCGGACUUCAACACUAGCACUUGGCAACGACGACACCAACAUGCAGGCCGGUGACCCCGGGAAGAUGCACCAUUUGGUCAUCGACCUCUCGGGAGUCACCUACAACGGCCUCAUGUCAGCGUCGGAUGCGGAAUUUCAAGCGGGGCUCCUGGCAGCCCUUACCAGCAUGCCUCUCGAGUCCUCUCCGCCGGUCGAUUUGCACGCCGCCUCGACGCAGACUUCCGAACACAACACCCUGGACGCCCCCUCCUGCGUAGUCAACCGCGAGGAUUCGAAGAACGCCGCUCCCGCAUCUUCGAAGGCGACCUCCACGCCGACGUCUGUUCCGCCCAAAUCCGAGGCCAUCGACUGUGUUACCGUGCCCGCCGAGCCCACUCCAGCAUACGAGGAGGACGAUGACGGUGUUUGGGACACGUGGACAAACCAUCGACAUCGACGACCGCCGAGGCAAGCACCACCCUCCGCGAGCAUCCUCACACGCUCGCACACUCGGUCCUCGUCCAUCCCGACCUCGCGUACCUCGGACACCCUCUUCUCGAGCGCAUCGGCUGCGUCCACCGCGCCCACCUCCGCCGCGUCCUCCAGACGCUCGUCUAUCGCGGCAUUUUCGCCCGGGGCGAAACACUCCGGUUCUGCAUUCAACCCUCUUCCUGUACGGACCACACGUAGCGUAUCGUCUCACAACAGAUUCGCGGUUCUUGAGGUUUUCGAGGUGGCAGAGUGA